CCUUUGUACCCUCAUACUCUCAUACUUACAAUCAUACUUACACCCUUUCUCUCUCGUUUUUAUCAAGUCAGAAAAAUCUUUCGAAUCUUCCAAAUCUAUCAAGUCGUCAAGGAAUAUUUUGUUCAGGUGUUCGUCUUGUCCUGACCCGAAUCCUUCCUUUCUUGAAACACUUAAGACUAGCUACCCACCCGGCUACUCGAGUCGAGCUAUUCUUUUACCCCUUCAUUUGCUUCUGCCACAGCCAACAAACAAGCAAGCAAACUUUGAACGAAAGACCAUCCACUACAAUCAUCGCACACAAGCAAUCUUCAUAAAAUCUUUGAACCAUAACAUACACAAUCGAUAGAUAUACUUCUACCUUAUCGUGCCUCUUAUUCUUUGCAUCAAUUCAAGGUACGACUCUUGAAUCAUUCAUCCGCUUGCCACGAUAUCGAUAUCGAGAUCAAUUCUUGCAGAUCUUAUAAGAGUCGUCUAAAGCGUCUAAAGAUAUAUAGAAAACAAUCCUUGCAUCACUCACUACACUAUACCGGGUAGCGAUAAUCUUUCGCAAUCAAAUCGAUUUUUAAUCUUCGCGGGCGGAAACAAGGCAAAAAGAGGAAAAGACAUCAGGAAAAGAUCAAAAGAGGAAAAGAGCAAAAGAGCAACAUUAUUCUCCCGGUCGCAUAUUAUUGUUGUAACCGCUACCUACCUAGUAUUUCCUUGUCCCCCCCGCCAUCCUCUUAUCGACGACAUAAUAUUAUCGCCGUUCCUCGGAUAACCUCGACCUCGACCUUUAUAAUACUGGACAACUAUUGAGAAAAAAAUAAAAAGCAUUUUCAAGAAAAAGAAAUACUACUCGAUUAUUAAUUCAUCGUCCUGUCAACAAUACCCUCUUCGAUUCGGUUGCAGGUCUAGGCUGUGUCUUCUUCGUUUCCAGGCUGAAAGAAAAUCACCGGAGCUGGAUUCUUUUGAAACCAAGCCUCCUCUACUUGGGUACCUUUGCCCUGCUUACGAAUUCCAUAACACACUCUUGUUUGUCUUGAUGCGGUGACAGAGAUACUAUUCACAUUGCCUCAUCCUUUUCAUCCCUUACACGACCUACUAUCGCGAUCACCCCUCUCGUCGAGUCCGUAGUGAUCAGAUCAAUAUCGUCGACCACAAUGAGUACCGAUCCUCAAUCAACUCGGGAGCCAGCAUCUGGUCCGAGAUCCGGUGCCUCCUUCCUACCUACAAACACCAUCCGUACAAAUAACCUCAAUGGUUCCGAAGUCGAAGGACCAUUCAGCGGCCACAAUCCCCAAGAGUCGACGGUUACGACACCUCGACCCAAUACCGCACCCAAUACCCAACCUCGGCCGAUGCAUGGAUCGGAAGAUGCAACAACUCCUACAACAGUCUCAGAUGCGCUUGCCAAUCAAAGACCUCUCCCACAAGCUCCUUUCGAUGUGGCCGCGACCAUUCCAGAAACCGUGGCAGGUUUGACAGCCAUGAACAGAAAUAAUUCGACGAGGUCAAAUAAUUCUAUUGGUUCUGAGGAUGUUGAUAUGGACAAAUCCGAUGCUGCUAGUUCCAAUGGCAAUAGCCCAAGACCGCACAAGAAGAAGAAGAGUCAGAAAUUCUAUUGCACGGAUUAUCCGCCAUGUAACCUCAACUUUACCAGAACCGAGCAUUUGCAGCGUCAUAUAAGAAAACACACCGGAGAACGUCCCUACGAAUGCUUUUGUGGGCGUUACUUCUCUCGAAGAGACAAUCUACGCCAACAUGCUCAAACGGUACAUCAAAAGGAGGAAAUCCCCCCAGGAUCGUUGGCAGCCACUAGCACAAGAUUUCCUAGACAGCCUCGUACAGAUAGAUCUAAGCCCCCUGGCAGACAACGAGCUGCUACAGUGAGCGAACAGGUACCAUCAUAUCGUGGUCAUCAUCGAAAUUCCUACUCCACUUCCAGCAUAAUGUCGAAUAUGUCGCACACAUCGAGUUAUAGUCAAGCACACAAUCUCAGACGCCCACUCGCUCUACAGAUGCCUAGUCCCUUAACAAGACGCCCAAGUUCACCUGGAGGUUACAGUACGCCCACUUCUGCUACUUUCUCAACUGGUCAGAAUAGUCCGCGAUGGCCAACCCUCGGGUUUCAAUCAUCUCCUGGACCAGGCGUAGGUGUACAAAUACCAGCUGGUCGCAUUUAUGACGGACAUCAUACGCCCGGUCGAAGAUUGUCUACACCCUCGGCCGCAAAUCCGUUUUCCCCCACUGGUCCCGCUUCCAACCCUUUUGGCACGUCAUCAAAUUUCUCUGCAGCGGCACCCUAUUCGCCAAGUUUGGUUUCAAGCCCUACAAACUCGACAUUCAACAAUGGUGGACAAUCGAUGGCUGCCCACCAUUCAGAUAUGGAUAAUAGAAGGAGAACCUGGCACCAAGGAACCAAUGCGGCUACACUAGCAUCAUUCACCACGAGACUGCAUAGUGUUAUGAACGCAAACCAUUACGCUGAUGGUCCUAUACCUGAACCGGCCGCGAUCCUUCGCAGUAAUGCCCCUCCACAAGAACAUGCAAGACUUCCUGGUAUCUCAAGCUUGUUGCCUGGUAGAGGAGAAUCUCCUCCGCCUCGCCGUAGUCGAGAACAAAUGAUGAUUGACAGGCCACACUCUUACCAUCAGCCAAGCCUUAGUAUGACUGAACGUCCAAGAGAAAAUCCUGCGGAUAGACCAGCGUCCUAUUAUCAGCCAAUCUCUGACGUGUCUAAUCGUGGUCCAAGUCAAAGAAUGAUCGAUAGACCGCCUUACUAUCAGACCAAUACUCCCAUGUCUGAUGACCCUCGUCCGAGUCAAAUGAUGACCGAUAGACCAAAUUCUUACCACCAGCCAAACCCGAUUGUGCCUGAACGUCGUCCAAGUCAAAUUAUGACUGAUAGAUCAAGCUCUUAUUAUCAACCAAGACAUUCCAUAUCAGAAUCGGUCUCCUAUUCUAAUCCAAGACCAAUGCCUUCCAGGGACCGACCUCUUAGCUCUCACCUUGAUCGACAAUUUACCCAACUGGAAAUUCAAGGCCCACCACAUGCGGAUGCUGCGAGCUGGGCUAACGAGACAGCUCGUGCUGUUCAUGCAACUGCACAGCAAUCACAGGCCAAUCAACCAAGAGUAACGUUUGAGCAGCCAGCACUUGGUCCUCGAACAGGCGCAUCUUCAUCUUAUCACCACAAGCAUACCGCUAGCUUACCUGUAAACAUGCACAGAUCAAACAGACGCGAUGGGUGGUACAACGGUCCAGUAGUAUACCAGCAGACUUCUGACAAUAGAUUCCAAGGAACUUCUCCGGAAGGAUCGACUGGUUCCGAAGGUGCAGCGCCUAUAACUCCACAAAGUGCCACCGCGACAGAUUAUAACCCUACCGUUGUACGCUCCAAUGGAUACCACGAGGAACCUUCUCGAACCAUUCAUCCUCAACCACCAGCUGUUCACCACUACCACACACUCUCAAAUGGCAAUGAACAUUCUUAUACACAUAAGCCCCCUACGUCAACUCAAACUAUGUAUCCGCAAGUCCCUCAAUCAUCUACGCAACAUUAUCGCACUGAAGGAUUGGACGCUCUGGCAGCAGCCGCAACAAGUGGUCAGAUCAGUGUACACAAUAAUGCAUUUUGAAGGAUUGAUUUCGUUGGUUCAUACCUUUUGUGUAAAUAUUACACCUCGAGUCAAUUUCUUUUAACGAUACCCGACUUACAUUCUAUUUGUAAGAAUGUCACGAAUUCAUGAAACAAGACAGAUUCACUUUAUUAUCACGAUUUUUCCCUUUAUUUUUCUGCGACUAUUGAGAAAGGGACAUUUUGAUUUACCAGCGUUGGUGUUUGGGUUUUUGGCAUUAUUAACUCUUUCUUCUAUUAUUCUCUCUCAAGCUUUAUCGACUUCUUCACGCCAUUCAAUGUUGUGGUAUAUACAGAUCUCAUGUACCGCGGCUAGUACCCGUGAUUGUGUCUAGCGUUUUCAUCGUCACAUUCGAUAUCGUCGGCCACUGAUUACACAGUGCAUUGAUAUUCUAUACGAAACUUCGAUUAUCUUCAAUGACUUGGAGGAAGCUUGAGCCCGAGGUUUUGACCAAUUUCCUUUGUAUUUAGGUCUGAUUUUUGGGUAGCGUUUGGGUGGGAUUACUUUGGAUUUUUUUUUAAUCAUGAUUUAGCGUACUUGGGAGGUUUCAAUUGUUAUUUCUAGCGUCAGGACAAGGCGGUACUGUACUCGGGAUUUUCUAAUGGGCGGCAUGCUUGGCUAUGACUUGGCUAUGAGAUUUGCAAUAUUGAUACCUCUAUACCCAAAUGCUAUUCAACCAUUUUCUCAAGGCUUUUUCGACAAUUUUUCUUUAGAGACUACGGUUCUAGAUAUGUGUGUAUGCUUCUAAAUUUUCAUGGGUGGCAGAUAUAAUACUUGGAUCUUGGGGGUUGUUACGAGGAAGAGGAAGGUGAAAUGAUGUCAUGGGUGUUUGGGAUGGGUUGAACGAGUUGGCUGGCGGGCGUCUGGCUAGUCUGUUUUGUAUGCGUGCAUCUUUCUUUUGCGGUGGUGGUACAUCCUUGCUUGCAUUUUCGUAUCUAGGGGAGGGGUCUUUUUAGUAUGGUAUGUAUGGCCUCGAGAGUUGAGAAUAUAGGGUUUGAUCUCGGAAUCUUUUGAUGUUUUGAUCCGUGGAGCUGGGAAAUGAGGUUGGGUGGCCGGGUGGUUUGUGGAUUGGUUGGCGGGCUGGAUGUUAGAUGGUGAAGGGUUGUGUGUACUUAUGCA